GCGCGGAGCGCGGGAGCUGCCCGAGCCAGGGGCUCCCGGGGCGCAGGAGAGAUAUUUCAGAGCCCUUGUGGACACCAUGCCAGUCGCUGCCACCAACUCAGAGUCUGCCAUGCAGCAAGUCCUGGACAACCUGGGAUCCCUCCCCAAUGCCACGGGGGCUGCGGAGCUGGACCUGAUCUUCCUUCGAGGCAUUAUGGAAAGUCCCAUAGUAAGAUCCCUGGCCAAGGCCCACGAACGGCUGGAGGAGACUAAGCUGGAGGCUGUGCGGGACAACAACCUGGAGCUGGUGCAGGAGAUCCUGCGGGACCUGGCGCAGCUGGCCGAGCAGAGCAGCACAGCCGCCGAGCUGGCCCGCAUCCUCCAGGAGCCCCACUUCCAGUCCCUCUUGGAGACACACGACUCUGUGGCUUCAAAGACCUAUGAGACACCGCCUCCCAGCCCUGGCCUGGACCCCACAUUCAGCAAUCAGCCCGUACCUCCCGACGCCGUGCGCAUGGUGGGCAUCCGCAAGACAGCUGGAGAGCACCUGGGUGUGACGUUCCGCGUGGAGGGCGGCGAGCUGGUAAUUGCGCGCAUUCUGCACGGGGGCAUGGUGGCUCAGCAAGGUCUGCUGCACGUGGGUGACAUCAUCAAGGAGGUGAACGGGCAGCCGGUGGGCAGCGACCCCCGCGCGCUGCAGGAGCUCCUGCGCAGCGCCAGCGGCAGUGUCAUCCUCAAGAUCCUGCCCAGCUACCAGGAGCCCCAUCUGCCCCGCCAGGUAUUUGUUAAAUGCCACUUUGACUAUGAUCCGGCCCGAGACAGCCUCAUCCCCUGCAAGGAAGCAGGCCUGCGCUUCAGCGCUGGGGACUUGCUCCAGAUUGUAAACCAGGACGAUGCUAACUGGUGGCAGGCGUGCCAUGUAGAAGGGGGUAGUGCCGGGCUCAUCCCCAGUCAGCUGCUAGAGGAGAAGCGGAAAGCAUUUGUCAAGAGGGACUUGGAGUUGACACCGACCUCAGGGACCCUAUGUGGCAGCCUUUCAGGAAAGAAAAAGAAGCGAAUGAUGUAUUUGACCACCAAGAAUGCGGAGUUCGACCGCCAUGAGCUCCUCAUUUAUGAGGAGGUGGCCCGCAUGCCCCCAUUCCGCCGGAAAACCCUGGUGCUGAUUGGGGCUCAGGGUGUGGGCCGGCGCAGCCUGAAGAACAAGCUCAUCAUGUGGGAUCCAGAUCGUUAUGGCACCACAGUACCCUACACAUCCCGGCGACCCAAGGACUCAGAGCGGGAAGGCCAGGGUUACAGCUUUGUGUCCCGUGGGGAGAUGGAGACUGACAUCCGUGCUGGGCGCUACCUGGAACAUGGCGAAUACGAGGGCAACCUGUAUGGCACACGCAUCGACUCCAUCCGGGGCGUGGUUGCGGCUGGCAAGGUGUGCGUGCUGGAUGUCAACCCGCAGGCGGUGAAGGUGCUGAGAACAGCUGAGUUUGUCCCUUAUGUGGUGUUCAUUGAGGCCCCUGACUUUGAGACCCUGAGGGCCAUGAACCGGGCCACGCUGGAGAGUGGAGUGUCCACCAAGCAGCUCACGGAGGCAGACCUGAGACGGACAGUGGAGGAGAGCAGCCGCAUCCAGAGGGGCUAUGGGCACUACUUUGACCUCAGCCUGGUCAACAGCAACCUCGACAGGACCUUCCGAGAGCUCCAGGCCGCCAUGGAGAAGCUGCGGACGGAGCCCCAGUGGGUGCCUGUCAGCUGGGUGUACUGAGCCUGUUCACCCAGACCUCCACCCUCUGUGGGUUGUGAGCUGCAACCUGAAUCCGUCCCCUUCUCCACCCCUUGACCCCCAGCCA